AUGUAUAUUCAUUUCAUUUUCAGAUUUUAUAAAAAAAUAGAAAAUAAUUUAAAAGAAAAAAUCCUAAACACACUUAGAAUUCAAGAAGAAGAGUUGGAGGAAAUUGUAUCUAAUGUUUGUGGCAUUGAUAAAGAUCAUGUACAAUUUGAGCACCCAGAAGAGUGGAAUUUACAAAUUUCCAAAACAAUUCUUGAUGAUGAUUUCCACCUCGCGGAUAUGAAAUUCAUUGGCGUUGAAGAAAAUGAUUUUAAAUAUUUGAAUUUGGCAAAUGACGAAUGGUUUGAUUUCAAAAAAGCAGCAUUGGAUUUAUUUAAUUUAAAUAAAUUAACAUUUACCGAAGUACAUACUAUUAUUUCUUCUUUACAUCAAAUAUUAAAGAAGAAAGAAACAACAAUAAAAAUAAAAGAAUUAAAAGAACAAUUACAAAAUGUGAAAACAAUUUAUUGGAAAGCAAAAUCGGAAAUUGAAAAGUUAAAAAUAAUUAAAAAUGCCCAACAAAAAUUAAUUGUCAAAAAAGAAUUGUCUCGAAUUGAAUCAUCAAUUAAAUUAAAAACUAAAUUGAAUGAAUGUUUGUUGUCUGUUUAUGUUUUGAAAUUUGUUGUUUUACAAGAAAAUCGAGAAAAUGAUUUAUUAGAGGAGGAAGGGGACGAAAAAGAGGUAGAAAAUGAUAAAAAUAAAGGAGAAUCUGGAAAAGUUUUGAAUGAAAAAUUCUUUUUAAAUUUUAAAAAUAAAUGUGAAAAUACAGAAAAAAUUGAAAAAAUGAUGAAGUCAAAAAAAUUAAAUUUGGAAAAUUUAAUCGAAAAAAUAAAUGAAUAUGAAAACAAAUUAAAAGAAAAAAUUAAAAAUUUGGAAAAGAAAAAUGAUUUAAUUGUUAUUUUAAAUAAAAAUAAUUCGGAAUUUGAAAACAAAAUGGAAGAAAAAAUUAAAGAAUAUGUUGAUAGAUUAAUGAGUAAAUUGCUAUUUUUAAUUGAUAAUUAUGAGAAAAUUCAAAGAAAGAAAGAAAAAGAAAUUGGUGAAAGUAGUCAGCGAGGAAUUGAAGAAAGUGUCAUCAUCAACGAGACAAUAAAUACUUCAAGUUUAUCAGCAAUUCUUUAUUGUUUAACAAAUAAAUUUUUGGAAAUUUUCAAUGAAGAUGGAGUUGUUAAUAUGGAUAUUUUAUUACAAAAUAUUUCAAAUACAAAUUUGAUGGAAUAUGGACUGGAAAUGAGUGAAAAAUUGGGAAAGAAGAGAGUUGAUAAAAUGUAUUAUAAACAUGUUCUCGACAUUUAUUCGGGCAUUUAUUUAAAAUUCAAAACUAAAGAGGAUUUUGAAAAUGAGUUAAAAAAUAAUUCAAAUAAUUAUUGUUAUAUUGACAAGAAUAUUUUGGAUUUUGAGAGAACUGAGGAGUGGGCAGUUAAUUAUUAUGAUGAAAUUGGAAUGCAAAAAGACGGUUUUCGGUUGGCAUAUUUAGAAGGGAUUGACAUUAAUGAAAAUAAAAUGAUAACUACCAAACAAAAAGUAGAAAUUUUUGAGGAAAUUUUAAACAAUUCUAAACUUCACAAAGUCACAUUCACUGAAGCACAUAAAUUAAUUGAAUCAAAAAUCAAAAGUAAAAUUUUGACAGAAACAAUUCAAUCAGAAUUAGAACAUCCAACGGAAAUUGAAAGUUUAGGGAAUACUGAAAAUACAAAUCAACAAGAAAAACAACUAAAGAAUUAUUCUGAAAUAAUUAAAUCUGAAUUAGAUAAAGUAAAGUUUUUAUUUAAAUAUUAG